GGAAAAUGGAGGAAGCAAAAGCGGCGGCGUACUACGAGGAUCUGACCCGGCGCGGCGAAGGCGCCGCCAGGUUCAAACAAGGCCUCGGCUUCUCUUCGGCCAAGUCCGACUCCGAAAGUGUCCCCGCGCGUGGCUCGGCGCUGGCGUACACGUCGUCGUCGUCGUUCAUGAGCAAAUUCGUGAAGGCCUCUAGCCCUGGGAAGACGUCAGAGCUCGAAAAGCAAGCGCAGGUUCAGUCGAUCCAGAACAAGCUGAAGCGGAAGAAGACGGAGGAGCUCGCUGGAGAGGAGGACAAGCGGCGGGCUAGGGUUUCGGAGAGGGAUAGGGAUUCGAGGAGGCGGAGCAGAAGUAGAGAGCGGCAGUCGAGGCAUCGGAGUAGGAGUAGGAGCAGAGAGAGGUAUAGAGAUAGGGAGAGAGAUAGAGAGAGAAGGCGGAGGAGUAGGUCUCCUCGGAAUCCGAGAAAGGAGCGGCGGAGGAGCCGGAGCAAGUCGCCGGCGAGGGAGAGAGGUUUGGAGAAGAGUAGAGGUAGAUUGGAGAAGGAGAGGAUUGGUGGUGCUGACUAUUAUAGAUUGAUUCAAGGCUAUGACAAAAUGUCUGCAGCGGAGAGGGUAAAAGCGAAGAUGAAACUCCAACUUGCUGAAACUGCGGGGAAGGACACAACCAAAGGCACAGAGGGUUGGGAAAGAUUUGAUUUUGAUAAAAAUGCACCACUUGACGAUGAUGAAAUUGAAGUUGCUGAAGAUGAUGCAGCGCUUGUCAAUCACAUAGGCAAAAGCUUUCGGUUUUCGGCCUUUGAGACGAAAAAGGAGGAGCAGAUCAAAGCUGCUCAUGAUGAGGCAAUGUUUGGUGCAUCAGAUAAUCGGCCAACCAUUGUGAUAGACAGGGAGGUUGAGGCAGAGAAUGAUAAUAAGGACUGCAAAGAGAGUGAGCCUCCAAGCCUCUUGAGUGAGAAGGUACUUGCCAAAAAACAAGGUUCGUGGCGUGAUCGUAUACGCCACAACAAUUGACACAGAUGGUUGGGGGAAAGAAGUCAUUGAUGACCUGAUUCUGAAUCACUAACGACUUAACAAACCUUGGUUGAUAACUGUUGCCAAGUGAGUGUUGUGCAUCUGUGCAUGCAACCUUCAAUUUUCAUUUGAACUGAGCCUCACAGUGGAGAGGAGCUGCGUCGAAAAUCAACAAGGAAGAAGCUCAUAUCUCUCACGAGGGCCACGAAACUGCACCGGUCCAGUUGUUUCAAUUAUGCAGUUAUGCCAUUUUACAUUUUUACUAGUGAUCAAGAGAUGUUUCUCGCAAAGCGUCUAGUAAAAAUUCUUUGUUGCUCACA